AUGAUGAUAUCGAAGCUGAGCAGGUGUUUCCCCGUUGCUUUAUGCUAUCAUCAGUUCUGCGUGGAAUGCGUGAAAAAACAUAUAGAAGUGAGGCUACUCGAGGGAACUAUACCGAGAUGUCCUCAUUAUCAAUGCGAGUCUAAGCUAACUCUUAGAAGCUGUGCCAGUCUUUUGACACCUAAAGUAAGAGCGUUGUGGGCACGAAUGAUCCAAGACGAAUCGAUUCCUGUGACAGACAGAGUUUACUGUCCGAAUCUGAGGUGCUCGGCAUUAAUGUCAAGAACCGAGAUCUCUAAAUCUACUGAGCAAGAUGGAUCUAUGAGAUGCUGCUUCAAAUGCGGUAAACCCUUUUGCAUCAGCUGUAUAGUCUCGUGGCAUAGUAACUUGUCGUGGGAUGAUUACAAGAGAUUGGGUCCAUAUCCUACAACAAAUGAUAUGUUGCUAAAAGUUCUAGCAAAUCAGGAGAAGUGGCGUCAGUGUAGAAAGUGCAAACACAUGAUCGAACUUUCCGAAGGAUGCAGCAAAGUAACUUGCAGAUGUGGGAAUACGUUUUGCUACACGUGUGGAGCUGAAUGGAAGAAAGGAGGUAGAGGUUGCACACAUCAACCAAAGCUUAAUAUGGAGGCUCGAAUUUUCAUUUGUUUAAUAUAUAUUGUUUGUGCGAUCAUACUUGUUAUUUUAACGAGAAAUCGAGAGAUAUGA